GUUUUAUUGACUGGUAUAUGUCAACCUAAUACUCCUUUAUUCAUAAUACAAGACCACACCCCUUGCUCCUCCUCCUCUGUCUGUACUGUUGAGGGUUUUGCAAUACAUCACUAUACUGGUACUGGCUGCUGGCCUAGAGCCCUUCAUCUUGAAGGAGCAAUAUUCACGUCUCUCUUCCUCUUAUUAUUUUGGGAUAUCAUUUAUACGAAUGAAGUACCUGAUGUAUUUAGAGGACAUUAUCAAACUGCUCCUCUUGAUUUUGGUAGGGAGGACUUUUAUAUGUCACGUAAGUCUGCAAUUGACAGUAAACUGGACUGGAUCAAACGUUCAGCCAUUGAUCUAAUGCUUUUCUCGUAAUUGUUUUCCUGCAUCAUCAUGAC